AAUAAACGGAUAAAAGAGCAGGACAUGCAAAAGCCGCCUAUUCACGGGGAUCUGAAGCGGUCCAACAACUGGUUGGACUGGCUUGUCCUCUCUCUGCUGUGAUGUCACCAUCCAAUAGAUGAGCGGCUGCGAUGCGCAUAUGUAUGCGGUCCGCUGCCUCAGCGCAUCACAGCGAGCCGCAGCUGACAGCUUUUCCAGGUUAGUCGGGCUACAAACGGAGCAUUCAAGGAGAGAGAACAAGACCAGCUAAAUUUAAAAACAAGCAGCCGUCAUCAUCCGCAUCCAGCCUAGAUACAGAGGGUUUCUCUUUGCCUUCUUUCUCAUAGGCCCCCCUCACCUACUGCAUCUUUUUUCUCUCUCUUUUUAAAAGGAAUAAUGAUGUUGAUGAUAUUCUAACGCACAGAUGACAGCAUAACCAGGGCGGUGAGCUGUCAAACACCCCUCUGCAGCCUCUUUGUUGAGAAGGAUCUGUAGCAACAGUCUCUGGACAUGAAUUCGGCGGAACAGACGGUUACGUGGUUGAUCACGCUCGGGGUGCUGGAGUCGCCGAAGAAGACCAUCUCGGAUCCAGAAGCCUUCCUGCAGAGCUCCCUAAAGGAUGGGGUGGUUCUCUGUAAGCUGCUGGAGCGGCUCAGCCCGGGAUCCACGGAGAAAAUUUAUCCAGAACCGAAGAACGACGGCGAGUGUCUGAGCAACAUAAAGGAGUUUCUCAAGGGCUGCACAUCGUUCCGCGUCGAGCCAUUCGAGGCCAGUGACCUUCUGCUGGGCCUGAACUUCUCCAAGGUGCUGAGCAGCCUGGUGGCCCUGAAUAAAGUCACUGCAGAUAUCGGCGUGGGGAGUGACUCAGUGUGCGCCCGACACUCUUCUGCCCACCGCAUCAAGUCGUUUGAGUCGCUGUCCUCUCAGGCGUCGCUGGGCCGAUCCUCCAAGCUGCUGCAGAACCAGUUUCGAAGUCUGGACAUGUCAGAAAACAGCGGACAGCAGCUGCUGGUGAAGGCUCGCUUCAACUUCCAGCAGACCAACGAGGAUGAGCUCACCUUUACCAAGGGUGACAUCAUCAGCGUGACCCGUCAGGAGGAGGGCGGCUGGUGGGAGGGGAUACUCAACGGCAAGACUGGGUGGUUUCCUAGCAACUAUGUGCGUGAAAUCAAAGGCUCUGAUAAACAAGUGUCCCCAAAGUCUGUCACCCUGAAGAGCCCACCGAAAGGCUUCGACACUUCUGUUAUUAGCAAGACGUACUAUAACCUGGUGUUGCAGAACAUCUUGGAGACAGAGACGGAGUAUUCUAAGGACCUUCAAAGCCUCCUUACAAACUACCUGCGACCUCUUCAAAACAUUGACAAGCUGAGCAGCGCCGACGUAGCUCUGAUUCUGGGGAACCUGGAGGAGAUCAGCACCUUCCAGCAGAUGCUGGUCCAGUCACUGGAGGAGUCUACAAAGCUUCCAGAGAGCCAGCAAAGGGUGGGCAGCUUUUUCCUGAACCUCAUGCCUCAGAUGAAAGCGCUCUAUGUCGGUUACUGUUCCAACCAUCCCUCUGCUGUCAAUGUGCUUACUCAACACGGUGAAACUCUUCGGGACUUUAUGGAGGGCCAUGGUGCAGUGGCUCCUGGGAUCCUCACGCUGACCACUGGCCUCAGUAAACCAUUCAUGAGGCUCGACAAAUACCCCACCUUACUCAAAGAGCUGGAGAGGCACAUGGAGGAGAAUCAUGCAGACCGACCAGAUAUUCUGAAGUGCAUGGGGUCUUUCAGGAACCUUUCAGCUCACUGCCAGGAGGUGCGAAAACGAAAGGAGCUGGAGCUGCAGAUUCUCACAGAGACCAUCCGGCUGUGGGAGGGAGACGACAUCAAGACCUUGGGCUCGGUGAUAUACAUGAGCCAGGUGUUGGUCCAGAGUCCUAUGUCUGAGGAGAAGAAUGAGCGCUACCUCAUGUUGUUUCCUCACAUCCUCCUCAUGCUGUCUGCUAGUCCCAGGAUGAGCGGUUUCAUAUUCCAGGGAAAGCUGCCUUUGACUGGCAUGAUCGUGACCAAACUAGAAGACUGUGAAGCCCAUAAAAAUGCCUUUGAGCUAAACGGCACCAUGUUUGACCGUCUCCAGGUGGUGUGUGCAAACCAGCAGGACCUGCAGGACUGGGUGGAGCACCUGACGAGACAGAUCAAACACAGCGCCGCCACGGCCCCCAGCCACAAACCGCUCGCUGUCCCCUGCCACACGCUCCCAUCUCAUCCUCUCACCCCGUCCCGGCAUGCUGAGAGCAGGGCCAUGACUGUGGCUCCCACCUACCACACCCUGCCUCACCCAUCCUCUCAUGGGACGACCCACAGCACAAUGACAUGGGGCCCCCUGGAGCCACCAAACACCCCCAAACCCUGGAGCCUGAGCUGCCUGCGACCCGCUCCGCCGUUACGGCCCUCCGCUGCACUCUGCUACAAAGAGGAUCUCAGUAAAAGUCCUAAGAGUGUGAAGAAACUCCUUCCCAAACGCAAACCUGAGAGAAAACAGUCUGAAGAGGAAUUUGCUCUAAGGAAGAGUACGGCCGCUCUGGAAGAAGACGCCCAGAUCCUGAAAGUUAUUGAGGCAUACUGCACCAGCGCCAAAACCAGGCAGACUCUGAACUCCACAUGGCAGGGCACGGACCUGAUGCACAACCACGUGCUCGCCGACAUGGACCAGUCCUGCGUGGACUCGCCGGGCCGCCGCAGCAGCGUGUCUCGGCCAGAACUGAGCUCCGACCUGUCGGAGGACUCUGACUACGACUCCAUCUGGACCAGCCACAGUUACAGGAUGGGAUCGGUGCCGCGAAAGAGAUCACGACCAGAAACAGGGCUGCAUGUGAUCAUCCCUGGUGAGGAGAAAGUUUUUCUAGACGAUCCAAACCGCAACGGACAAAGUGUACUGGAAGAGAAGAGUUUGGUGGAUGUGGUUUACGCCCUGCGGGAUGAGGUUCAAGAGCUGAAACAGGACAAUAAGAAGAUGAAGAGAUCCCUGGAGGAGGAGCAGAGAGCACGUAGAGACUUAGAGAAAGUUGUGCGGCGAGUACUGAAGAGCAUUAAUGACCCAGCGUGGGAUGAGACCAACCUGUGAGCUUUAUUGGUUGCAUCCAUCUGUAGCUUUGACAAAAAUUGACCAGCAUACCUUCUGUGGACUUGAUGCAAAAUCUAAAAUGCACACACUGGCUUAAAAAGGUAAAAACUUAUUCUGGGAAUGAGACAAAGAGUGGAUUUAAAAGCUGUUGGCUUUGUGUUUAGGAUGCUUUUUGGUGAUAUGUACAGAAAAUUAGAGGAAUGUUGACCAUAUUCCUCCUAAUUACAUUCCUUUAGGCAAAAAGCCAGUGUUAGAAAAAGAAAUCAUACUCCUGUAGCAUUUCAACGUUCAUCAUGAAUGUCUGUUUUUUGUUUUUGUUUUGUUUUUUAGGAAGGAUCAACUGGAAAAAUGAGACUUUUUUUCUGUUCCUCUUGUUUACAGUCUUAACAGGAUGACCAUCAUGUGAUGCAUAAAUGGUACUCCAAUGGUGUUAAUGGUCAUGAAGGCUUUGGACAAGUUGCUACUUGAACAAUACUAUUUCAAAACCUCUCCAAUGUUAUUUAAAGUUUUAUUGAAUCAUUUUGCAGGGAUCUUUUAUUGGACACAGGCUACGUCUGCUUUUAUUUCAUCUUGUAGUGAUUCCCCCCUUUUAUUCCUUCCCUUUUGUCUUUAUUGUUUGACCACUUUGCGGUACGACUUUCUAAGUGAAUUGUACAGAUAUAAAGUUUGUACUGUGUGAUGUAAAUAAUGCUAAAACAUGAGCCUUUUCCUUUGGGAAAUAAAUGUUUAUUAAAAGAA